CAUACUUGUGUUAGAGAUACCAUUAGUGAUGAGGCAAACUCCACAUGGCUUGCUAAACAAUUAGCAACUAAAAUUAGAACUAAUCCUGAAAUUAAAUUGCUUGGUCUACAAGAAACGAUCAACACUAAAUUCCACCUAGAAGCCAAAAUAUAGCAGUGUUACAGGAUUAAGAGGAAGGCACUCGAAGACGUGGAGGGAAGUCAUGCGGAGGCAUAUGAGAUGGUAAGAAUGUAUGGAAAUGAAAUCCUUCAAAGUAAUCCAAGAAGUCUUUGUUGCCAUGGAAACUAAUGCUCCAGACAGUGAUGGUAGAAGACCAUUCAAGAGGAUUUUUAAUGCUUUUCAUGCUCUCACCAUUGGCUUCAUACAUGGUUGUAGACCAUUCAUUGGUCUUGAUGGGUGCCACCUAAAAGGGUUAUAUGGUGGUGUUUUAUUGGUUGAUGUUGCAUUGAAUGGUAAUAAUGGGUUAUUUCCUGUUGCAUAUGGUGUGGCAAAGAAUGAGAGAACAGACAAUUGGACUUUUUUUCUUGGCCACUUGGCAGAAAUCAUUGGACAUGAGACACAUCCACUCUAUUUUAUGUCUGAUCAGUAGAAGAUAUGUAAUUGUUUAACUCUACACUUGUUAUUUUCAAAGUAGUAUUAUUGUGACCGUUAAGAUGGUUUUUGGUGAAGAUGGUUUUUUCCCUAUGUUAUU